UGGUCAGCAUUGAAAUUUCAGUAAUGGCAAAUUCUAAAAGUUGCUUGUAGCUAUUUUGGAAUCGAUCAAAUUUCUAUUCGCGUUAGUAUUGUAGAGCGUGUGUCUGAAACCUGCUGAUUGUUAUCCAAAACUUUUGCAUUUAUUUCGUAAGAUAUAUUUAGGUUACAAAAUCUGUUGUGCGCUCAAUUGAACCGGACGAUAUUCAUAUGCGGUUUUUAUUCUGUUGGUAAAAUCAGCAACGAAGGUCAAACAAAAUGCGUCUGUUUCCGGUGCGACUAUCAAAUAUCAACAAGAUGUUGGAUUUUUACUCUCAGUUUAAUCCAUCGCCCUUGAGCAUCAAGCAGUUUAUAGAUUUCGGUCUUAAUGCGUGCCCAACAAAAUCGUUUAUUUUUCUUCGCAAAGAGCUACCGGUGCGACUGGCUAAUAUUAUGAAAGAGAUAACGUUGCUUCCAGAUAGUCUGCUACGGAUGCCUUCAGUGGGUUUGGUUAGUGCAUGGUAUGUGAAAAGUUUCGAAGAAAUGCUAGCGUUUGAGAAAACCGAUCCCUCUGAUGAUAACUUGGAAAAAUUCUGCAAAUCCUUAUCCAGAAUUCGUGACAGGCAUUCGGAUGUUGUACAAACCAUGGCCCAGGGUAUUCUGGAACUGAAGGAAAGUCGUAAUGGUUAUAUUGAGCCAUCCACUGAACUUUCCAUGCAGUACUUUCUGGAUCGACUCUAUAUGUCCCGCGUUAGCAUUCGUAUGCUAAUCAAUCAGCACACAAUUCUGUUUGGCGAAAUACCUCAAUCGGGUAGACACGUAGGAUGUAUAGAUCCGCUUUGUGAUCCGCACAUGGUUGUACGGGAUGCGUAUGAUAAUGCUCGAUUUUUAUGUGACCAAUACUACCUGGCUAGCCCUGAAUUAGAAGUGAUAGAGCACAACGAUUUAGAAAAAGGGAAACCAAUUAAAAUCGUGUAUGUUCCAUCACAUUUAUACCACAUGCUUUUCGAACUGUUCAAAAAUGCCAUGCGGGCUGUAAUGGAAUACCAUGGAGCUGAAGACGAUAUUCCUGCCAUCAAAGUCACCAUUGUGAAGGGAAAAGAAGACAUCUGCGUGAAAAUGUCCGACCGUGGCGGAGGAAUUCCUAGAUCGCAGGUUGAUCAACUAUUCAAAUACAUGUACAGCACUGCUCCACAACCACCAAAGUCAAAAUCUGAUCUACCGCUUGUUCCUUUAGCCGGUUAUGGCUAUGGUUUGCCAAUUUCAAGGCUUUAUGCGCGUUAUUUUCAUGGCGACUUAGUUCUUUUUUCUUGUGAGGGUUACGGCUCAGACGCAGUAAUAUAUUUGAAGGCUCUUUCUGACGAGGCAAACGAGUUGCUGCCCAUUUUCAACAAAACUAGCUCUCGUUUUUACAAAGCUACUGUUCCGACUGGUGACUGGUCCAAUCAGAACUCUGAUAUGAACUCCAAACAAAUUAAUGCGCAAACGAGACGUAGUACAACAAGUGCAAAUGGACUUUAAACUGUAAACUCAAUAUUAGUUCAUUUAAUUGUUAAUUAAAUUACAUGCAGAAACAGUGAAAACUGAAAACUUUGUAUAAUAAUAUACACAGAUUAAAACUAAGUAAUGUCAUAUCAAGUUUUA